AAAGUAGUUGUUGGAGUGGAAUUUCGUGAACACAACUAAUAUCAUUUUCAUUUUCUAAAAAAUACCAAACUAUCUUGUACGUCAUGGCAUAUGAUCAAGACAAUUUAAAAGCUUGUCUAAAAUGCGGCCCAGCAUGUCAAGGAUUUACGAAACAUCCAUGGAGAAUGACAUGUACAACAUGUCGUUGUGCCUACGAUGAACAUGAUAUAACAGAUACAUCAAAUCAAAUAUUAUUAGAUGAAUUAGAACUGGGUGAAUCGCCGUUUUAUAAAGGAUAUGUAGAAGCACAAAAAUUAGCUAAGCAAUUCGGUUUACACUGGUUACCUAUCGGUAUUAAUUCAAGUGAAGUGGACAGUUUUCUCAACAGUCUUUCAGCUAAUGAAAUACCACGUGGUGAAAACGCAGAUAAAUUAAGACGUCGGCGUCUUAGAAGACAGAUUCCUCCACAAGACAGAAAACCGGCAGUUGCAGUUGAAGAUUCUUGGCAUCAUCGUGUUAAUUCGCAACUUCCGGAUGCAAAUCACAGUUUGGAAAGUGAAUUACGUGAGGCUAACCGCUUCAGAAAUUCGCGUAAUCGACGUGAUUUUGGCAUCGGCAAUGUUGAACACAUGAGUCAGGAUGCAGGACAACCAUGUGCAGAAUGUCUGAAUAACAUAAAAUUUGGCGAGUUUUGUGUUCGAGUUCGACCAGAACAUCGUGCCGUUGAAGCAGUUUCUGGUGCUCCAUCUAGUGAUGCUAAGGAUUUCGCACCAGCUUGGCAUUUAGAAUGCUUUCGAUGUGGAACAUGCAGCGAACAAUUAGUUGAUUAUUGCUAUGCUUGGUCGGGUGGUCGUCCUUAUUGCUUGCGACACUAUGGUCAACUAAUCAGACCACGGUGUGCAACAUGUGAUCAUCUUAUUUUCUCGGAGGAAUACACUAGAGCUAUGGAUCAAGAGCAUCACACGGGUCAUUUCGCUUGCCGCAGUUGCGACGCUUCACUAACGGGACAGCGUUAUAUACUACGCGAUGAUGAACCUCAUUGUUUGGGUUGUUACGAAGCCAAGUUUGCAAAUACAUGUGAGCAGUGCAAAGAAAAGAUUGGCUGUGAUUCUAAGGAUCUUUCAUUCAAGGAAAGGCACUGGCAUGAGAAGUGUUUCAAAUGUUCUUCUUGUACAACUUCAUUGGCAGACCGACCGUUUGCAACCAAGGAAGAACAACUUUAUUGCUCUGAUUGUUAUGAUGAUCGUUUCGCCGCUCGUUGUGAUGGUUGCCAAGGCGUAUUUAAAGCUGGGAUGAGAAAAUACGAAUAUCGUGGACAGCAGUGGCAUGAAGAAUGCUUCCUGUGCGUAGAAUGUAAACAACCAAUUGGCGCAAAGAGUUUCAUCCCUCGGGAAAAUCAAGUGGUCUGUGUACCAUGUUAUGAGGCAAAAUACGCUCAACGUUGUACUAAGUGUUCGGAAGUUAUACGUCGCGGUGGAGUUACUUAUAAGGGAAAUCCGUGGCACAAAGAAUGUUUCACUUGCACCAAUUGUUCAAAACAGUUGGCAGGCUUAAAAUUCACCUCCAAAGAGGAACAACCAUAUUGUGCAGAUUGCUAUGGUGAUCUGUUUGCCAAAAAAUGCACAAAAUGCACCAAGCCAAUUACAGGAUUCGGAGGCUGUAAGUUUAUUUCAUUCGAGGACCGUCAUUGGCACUCAGAAUGCUUUUCGUGUGGGAAAUGCAACUGCAAUUUAGUCGGCAGAGGUUUUCUUACCAGUGAUGAUAUGAUCAUGUGUUCAGACUGUGGACGCUAA